AGGCGCCGAGCCAAGCCGCCCCCCAGGCCAGGCCCCCACACGACUGAGUUCUUCUGCAUUCCUCCCUCCGGCAGCCGAGAAUUAAUGACGGCCGUGGCGCUGCCCACGGGCGCCGCGGCGGCGAACGGCGACCGCUCCCCGUCCUCCUCCCCGCCGCCGGAGCUGGCCAUGUUGGCGCGCGCCGUGCAGCGGCUCGUGGCGCGGAACGACGCGGUGGCGGCGCCGGACGGCCGCGGGGGCGGAGGAGGAGGGCUGAGGGCGUUCGAGGCGGCCAGGGGCGCGCCGGCGCCGCGCAUCGGCGUCGCCGAGUACCUGGAGCGCGUGCACCGCUACGCGGGGCUCGACCCCGAGUGCUACGUCGUCGCGUACGCCUACGUCGACAUGGCCGCGCACCGCCGCCCCGCCGCCGCCGUCGCGUCCAGGAACGUCCACCGCCUCCUCCUCGCCUGCCUCCUCGUCGCCUCCAAGGUCCUUGACGACUUCCACCACAGCAACGCCUUCUUCGCGCGCGUGGGCGGCGUGAGCAACGCGGAGAUGAACAAGCUAGAGCUGGAGCUCCUCGACGUGCUCGACUUCGCCGUCGCCGUCGACCACCGCGCCUACGGCAGGUACCGCGAGCACCUGGAGAAGGAGAUGCGCAGGGACCACCACGGCCUGCCCAAGCCCGCCAUCAAGCCCCUGCCGCCGCUGGCGGAGGAGCAGCCGGCGGAAAGCGCCGACGGCGACGACCACGACCGGAAGCCGCUGCCGAACGGCGGCGUGCCGCCGGCGAGCACGGCGUCACUCCGGGAGCUGUGGGCCUUCGAGGCUUCGAUUACUAGAUAGCAGUAGCAGGUAGUAGCAACAAUGUGGGCAAGCUGCAGAGUUGUUUGCCGAUGUGCCAUACAUGUACGGAUCCUGAAUUGCAGGUGAUCGGAUGGAACGGUGCGAAGAUCACGCGUGAUCAUUUGAUGAAUUACAUGUGUUCAUCGAAA